AAAAAACACUGUGGGGGUAAAAAGCCUGAUUCUCCUGAAGCAACCCCAGUAUCGCCACACUCGCGUUGGCGCGUGCAGUUCCGCUACUACUCUGCUUCUGGCAAAUCAUCAGAUCCAAAAGCUCGAGUAUAGAGAAUUAUAACUUGUGACGAAAGAGAACUCGCAAUACCAUCACUAGUCCUCAAUCUAGGGUUUACUAUUUAUAUCCGACAAGAUCAGAAUUGACGUCGCUGUUCUCUGGUUAUCGACUCCAAUCCCAAUGAGGAGAACUGGGGAUGCAUUAGGAAGGAGAUAUGGAAAUCGUCAACUGAAGCAACUGGGUUGGGGUAUGAAAGGACUGUUAGGUCGAUUGUCGGUGGCCGUGAUUGUCCUAUUGAUCUGCACAGUCUCGUUGCUCUUCACAAGGAAAGCAAGCAACCGCCAAGUCGAAAAUUUGCAGCAUAUCGGUGUAGAUAAACUUUGGGAGACUGCUGAUUCUGGUGGAUGGAGGCCAUCAUCUGCUCCGCGAUCUGAUUGGCCCCCACCUCCAGUUGAGAGCAAUGGUUAUUUGCGUGUUCGUUGUAAUGGUGGCCUAAAUCAGCAGCGUACUGCGAUAUGUAAUGCUGUUCUUGCUGCCCGAAUCAUGAAUGCUACCCUCGUGUUGCCCGAGUUAGAUGCAAACUCCUUCUGGCAUGAUGACAGUGGCUUUGAUGGUAUCUAUGACGUUGAACAUUUCAUCGAGGCAUUGAGGUAUGAUGUGCGGAUUGUAGAAAAACUUCCUGAAAUUCAAAAAAAUGGGAGGACCAAGAAAAUGAAAGCACAUCAGCUUCGGCCUCCACGAGAUGCUCAAAUUAGUUGGUAUACGACAGAUGCACUGGAGAAGAUGAAGGAACAUGGUGCAAUUUAUCUCACUCCUUUUUCACAUCGAUUAGCAGAAGAGAUAGACAAUCCUGAAUAUCAGCGGUUGAGAUGCAGAGUUAAUUACCAUGCCCUUCGGUUUAAACCACAUAUCAUGAAAUUAAGUAACUCUAUUGUCAGGAAACUCCGUGCCCAAGGUCAUUUCAUGUCAAUACACCUUCGAUUUGAGAUGGAUAUGCUUGCAUUUGCUGGGUGUCUAGAUAUUUUUACCCCUGAAGAACAGCGUAUAUUAAAGAAGUAUCGUGAAGAAAAUUUUGCAGAGAAGAAACUGAAUUAUAAUGAAAGACGAGCGAUUGGGAAAUGUCCAUUAACUCCAGAAGAGGUUGGUCUCGUCUUACGUGGUAUGGGAUUUGAUAAUUCCACGCGUAUAUACCUUGCAGCAGGUGAACUAUUUGGCGGAGCGCGUUUCAUGAAGCCAUUUAGAGCACUUUUCCCUCACCUUGACAACCAUAAUACAGUGCUCCCUACAGAAGACCUGAGCCAAAACAAACAGGGAUUGGUGGGCUCUGCUGUAGAUUACAUGGUCUGUCUCCUUUCUGAUAUCUUCAUGCCAACUUAUGAUGGCCCAAGCAACUUCGCCAACAAUCUUUUGGGUCAUCGUCUUUACUAUGGCUUCCGGACCACAAUCCAACCUAACAGGAAAGCUCUAGCUCCUAUAUUCAUCGAUAGAGAAAAGGGCCAAACAUCUGGUUUUGAAGGUGCCAUCAGGCGCGUUAUGUUCAACUCAAAGUUCGGUGGACCUCACAAGCGUGUCCAUCCUGAGUCUUUCUAUACAAAUUCUUGGCCUGAGUGUUUCUGCCAGACAUCGGCUACGAAUCCUGCUGACCAGUGCCCACCUGAUAAUGUGAUGGAAAGACUCAAUACUGGUUUGCACGGGGAAGAAACUGAUAGUUGGGAACCCAUUAACAGAUCAAAUGAGACGAAUUCUGUUUCGGAAGAGUAACAAAUAUCUCGAACAUACACAGUUCUGACAUUCUUUAUCCCAGAGAAAAUGCAAGUGCAUUCGUUGAAGCGGUGACAUCUGUGCCAUUCUUCUUUGUACUGAGGGACUUGUACAACAUAGGGUCUUAGCUCUGCAAUCUCAGAACUGAUACCAGGAUGUAUUUUACGGCCAGAUUCCUUUUACCUCAUGAUAAUUAAUUUAUACCUUUUGUAACUUUCUUUUAAAGAUGUGAAUGCCAUGGUCUUGAUUUUUGUAAGUGUGAGAUUAGACUAUAAAAGGGAUCUUUGUAAUUGUCGUGUGUUGGGGUGGUUGUAACAGAGACAAUUUCAUAUUUUUUCUACACAUCUAAAAUAUAGUAUAAUAGCGGAA